AUGCAGAGCACGAGCUGCGAACCUUCAGCAGCAGGCGACGACGUUAAUGCCAAAUUUCGGCACAAGUAUCGGCGGUUAAAGCGGUACAUGAAGGAUCUGGUGUUUGAAAAUGCUGCCUUAUGCGACCACAUUGCUCAGGUACAGGAGAAAAUUAGCCAGCGAAACGAGGAGCGGCGAUUCAUGCUAAAGAAGCUGCUGGAUCACGAAAACGAAUUGGAAACGCAGCUCGGUCGACCCUGCAGCAAGCUGAACGAGCUGAUAGCAAACAGUUUACCACCGAAACGACAGUACAAGAAGCGGGAAAAGAAUCCCACUGCUAAUGGAGCUGCGAACACGAGCGCAUCGGCUGAAGGGCAGGAUACUCAUGAUACUCAGGAAACCGUGGUGGAUUGUGUAGCGGAGAACGGGCUGGCUGAAGAAUCGAAUUCUUUAGAGAAACACGCACCAACCGAUAGGAAUGGUGAGAAAAAUGGUCACCGGGUGGGGAAGAAACGGGGUCCACCCGGUGGAACCGGCACUGGGGGGGCUAAGGUGAGACGGAAGGGACGGCUCGGAGGGUCAUCCGUACCCUCGGGGAAGAAAGGUAUCCAAAGCAUCGCCCUCGACCAAUCGGGUCACCCAACGUACCCGAUCGUGGUUGGGGGCUUUACCAUACUAAACCUUGGCGAAAUCGCUCCCGAGCGCUCUGCCUACCAUACGGAGUGUACGAUCUAUCCGAUCGGAUACACCGCUACUCGCCCGUACGGGCACUACAAAGAUCCAGAAAAACGAUGUAUUUACACCUGUCGCGUGCUGGAUGAUGGUGAACGGCCCCGGUUUGAGAUAGUGCCAGAAAGCCCAGACCCAACGGCACCAGUGGCGGGAGAAGCAAAAGAACCGGAACCGUUGGACACAGAAGAGUGCGUUAUAAGCGGUACAACUAUCGAUGGUUGCCACGCGGAGCUGCUGCAAAAGAUCAAUGCUGCCUUAAACGUGCCCGCUAUCGAUGCCCAACCUUCGGGGGACUGGUUCUUUGGGUUAGCGCAUCCGACUAUCAGCAGUUUGAUACAGAACUUCCCGAGCGCGAAACUCUGCGCCAAUUAUAAAGGUGCGAAGAAGGAAAACUAUGCCAACACCGACAAGGAAAAUGAUCCUACGCUCAACUAUGAGGCACUAGUGCGACAUAUCACGAUCUCGACCUAUCGCACGGUACCGGAGAUUAAGGAAGAACCGCCAGAUGAAUUGUUUGACCAUUCGGACGGUGGUAAUUCGUUCAGUCUGUCCGUGUAGCAAUGGCAGCGAAAGGGUGACGAAACGCUUAUGUACAUAAGAAAUCGGUGUGAAAUAGUGGGGAAAUGGGAAACAUUCGGUACCUCUAAGCCUCCUGUCUUCGAGCAAGACCGGAAGCAAAUUUCAUAGUGUCCUACUCAACUA